GCUGGGUGACGCUGGGCCUGUAAAGACGCUCAGCUCAGCCUCCCUCUUUGAGUUAUUUAUACAGCAUCCUGUGAAACUAUUAUGCUGACUUCUGCUCUUCUUUUCAGAUUGCUGUCUCCCUGAACCUCUCGAGGAUGUCCAGCCACGGCAGCAAGAAGAAUAAUUCCCAAACCUGGAAGAAGCUCAGACAUGCGAAUCCACCCAAGGCUGCUACCGGGCCCUUCAGAAAAAAACAAACAGAAGUAUUUAUUGGAAAUCUCCCCGUGGAUAUCAAGGAGGAGGAGGUGGGUCACCUCUUCAAGGACUUUGAUGUGAAGUCGGUCAAGAAAUGCCAGACUGCGUUUAAAAGCUUCUGUUUCGUCGAGCUGGCCAGCGCGGAGAUGGUCCAGUCAGCCAUCCAGCAGCUGAACGGUAGCCUGGUGAGCGGCCGGCGCAUCUCUGUGGCCAUUUCAGAGGCCAGAAAAGCCCAGGAGCCCCCCAAGACGGUCACCAAGAUGCCGGAUUUGGAACUUGUCCCCUACAAGGAGUUGGGGUGGAAUUGCAAGUCCCUUCCCAAAGGCGGCAGCCAGAUCUCUUCGCCAAUAAAACAUGCUGUCCGUUACGCUGUUCCCAUGGAAAUGCGGAGUUCCUUCUUGCUACACAUGUUGAGGGAUUGCUUCAAGAACGUGACGUGGCUGUUGAGCAUCACGAAGGUCCUCGGAAAAGCGGGGCUGCUGGUGAUGGACUCGAUUCCCCAGACGCCGUACUUCUGGGCGAUCCAUCUCACGGAGGAAUGCCAUCAAAACAUGCAGAAGCUUUUCGCCGCCUUGGCAGAAGUAGAGUCCGAGUUGCCCUUUCUGGCAAGCCAGGACAUCCAGCGAGGGACACGCUGCCUGGCAGAGUGCAUUGUGGGAGAUGAAGGCAGCGCGUGGAACAGGUGCUGGGUUUUGGACAAGGUGGAAAAUCUUGCCGUCGUGUUCUUCGUGGAUUUUGGCCACUCACACACAGUCCCUCUGCACGCGCUCCGGAAGCUGGACAAGGAUGAAUUCUGGGCCAUAAGCCCUUUGGCCCAGCCUUUCAUGCUCCAAGAAGGAGUGUUCCCGCCUCAGGUCAUGAUGAGACAGAUCCUGGAAGGGGAGGUGUUCGGUCCAUCACCGAGGGAGGCUCACAUUUUGAUGUUCGCUCCCAAAGUGGGUUAAGAAGCAGCAGUCUAACAAAUUCCAGAUACAAUGUUCUACUAGUAGGUUGAUGGCUGUUCUGUUUUUGGGGAUUCGAUGUUUGCUCGAGAUGGGUAAGCCUGCAUAUGUUUGGUCUGGUGGAUUCUCCCUCCUCCCAAAACCCUGAUUGAUUUGGCUUUGCCUCAAAACUGUUGGCAGGCGGCUCAGUCUGGAAAGUUGGACUUUGCUUUGAACAAGGCGUUCUCAGAAAUUUCUCAUGCUGCAAUUGACUUGGUUUUGAUCAAGUAGAUGGGGAACCUGCCCUCUGGAAUGCCACUGCCGUCAACCCUCACCAUGGCCCGUCGAAGCUGGGACUCUGGAAAAUCCCAAAUAUUCAGAGGGGGCAUAUCUGUAGGACUUUGUUUAAAGACACGAGUCCUGCUGCCAGAACAGCAAAGAUUUAAUACUGAAGCGACAAAAACGAAUCUUUUUUCCCCUCUGCUUCUCUCAAUUUGUCCAUGUAUGUGGGGAGAACAGGUGACUAGUUAAAUUUUUAUUCUGGAUAAACUUUUUCUUGGAGAGGCCACGGGUGCAAUUCAAUUGAUUAAACCAAAGUACGUUCCCAGAA